UGUCUCGUCCGUGAGUGCGGCGGCAGCAGCGAUUCUGCGUCACGACUCAAACAGCGGACCAAAACAACUUUUCUUGCCGAGUUGGAUGACUUUUCAAGCGCCAUCGGGUGAGUUGUGGUUUUUGAAUAACCAGUUCUAAAUGGCAAGUCCAGGUUUGGAUGCAGGACUGCAUAUAGCGCUGCAGCCUCAUCACCACUCCGAACCGGCGACCAAACCCUCUGUCAGCGAGGCGCAGAGAUGGAUAGAGGCAGUGACUGGUAGGAGUUUUGGUGAAAAAGAUUUCAGAGGUGGACUGGACAAUGGCAUUCUUCUGUGCGAACUAUUGAGCUCCAUCAGACCGGGUCUUGUGAAGAAAAUAAACAGGCUGCCCACUCCUGUGGCUGCUCUGGAUAAUGUGGUGCUCUUCCUGAAGGGUUGUAAAGAACUCGGUUUGAGGACCUCACAGCUGUUUGAUCCAGGAGAUCUUCAGGACCCCUCCAUACGCACCAAAAUAGGCCAAGACAGCAAGAGUAAGUUAAAAAGAAUUCUGAUCACCCUCUAUUGGCUGGGCCGAGCAGCCAAUAGCAUCGCCACAUAUAGCGGGCCCACCCUGGACCUGCAUGAGUUUGAAGGGCUGCUGUCACAAAUGAAAAAGGAGGCAGAGGAUCGAGACAGCCCAAAUUGCAGCAUCAGGGACAGUGGUUACAUUGACUGCUGGGAGUCUGAACACAGUGACUCCCCUUCUCCGAGAUACGCGCCAGACGACUCAUUUGACAGCCUGGACUCCAUCGGCUCACAUUCCUGCAAAAAACCCUCACCCGAUGGUCUGCUCGCCUGUGGCUACAGCGAUGACCACGGGAGUGACUCUGAGUGCGACACCCCCCAGAGGAAGAUGCCAGAUGUGGACAAGGAUGACAUGCUGGUGCGUCGAACAUCAUGCUGCGAGCAAAGGACGGCCGUCCCUUUCAACCAGUACCUUCCUAACAGGAGUAAUCAGACUUCAUACCUUCCCGCAGCAGAACGAUACCCACGUGUCGAAAGAGAGGAGAACCGAAGGAGCUGGAGUAAUGCCACCUCACCUGUUGGAGGAGAGAGACCUUUCAGAUUUAGCCGCACAUCUAGUGUUUUUGAUGAUUCUGAGUCUAUAAGUAUGGUUGACAUGAGGAGUGAAGAAGAUUUUUUGCCUCCCCAUUGUCAAGUUCGACAUCAACUCAUACACAACCAGUGCAACAAUAUGACAGAGGAUGAUGACCAUUGGCAGGAUGAUCUGGCCCGCUGGAAGAGCCGCAGGAGGAGCGUGUCUCAAGACCUGAUAAAGAAAGAGGAGGAGAGGAAGAUGAGGGAGAGGUUGAUGAGUGGAGACAAAAGAAGGAAAAGCAUCAAGACUUACAGAGAGAUAGUGGAGGAGAAGGAACAUCGUGAGCGGGACCUGCAUGAAGCAUACCGGAAUGCCCGUACACCUAAAGAGGCGUCUGCUGUGCUGCAGCAUUACUCCCAACGCUUCACCAUCAGCGAGGCCAUUCUCGAGCGCCUCAAACUCAACAAGCUGCUGGAGAGGAGCGUAUCAGCCGACCCCAACCGCCACUCCUCCCUGGCCGACUGCCCUAACAUGUCCUCCAACCUGCUGCAGUACCUGCGACAACAGUCACUCCCUACUCCCAAAUUCACAUCCACAGUUGAGGCACGGGUGACUGGUUUCAUGGGAGAUGUUGAAAAUGUUGUGGGUCCUGCUUAUUCACUGGAUCCAAUACAAUACAGACAGAGUAGAAAUGGCUCCGCUGGUACAGAUAAGGUGGAUGAGGCAGUGCGGGUGAAUGGAGUGAGAGAUGAUGAUGUCCACAGCAUUGAUGAGGAGGAGAGGGGAGGGCCAGAGAGACACAGGGGGGAAGAUUCUCUGCAGUUCUUCCCAUCUCCCUCCCAGGACACAGAGAUUAGACAGACUGAUGCGUCAGGAGUCUCAUCCACAGUGAUGACAGAGAUUGAAGGAGAAAUUAUUCCACUGACAGGGGGCGUUUCAAUAUCCCCAGAAGUGUCUGAAACAAAAACAGAUGUAGCAGAUACAACUGAUGUCAAUCGACUUCAGUCUGAAGAGAAUGCGAUCCACACCGAUGCCUAUGCUGCACAGUUAAAAAACUCAGCAAUGGAGUCCCAACAGAAAUCAACAAAUGAGUCAGAUAAAUGCAUCCAUGAAUAUAACAGAACCACACCAAUGUGUCAAGUUCCAACAACAGAAAUGGCUGAGCAAGCUGAUGGAAAUGGACCUCCCACAGUGCUGAAUCUGAUGAAGCACGCUGAACACUUUUCUUGGAGCCCUGAGGAAGAGCGCAAACGUCAGGAGAGGUGGCAGAGAGAACAGGAACGUAUGCUUCAGGAGAAAUAUCGACGUGAACAGGAGAAGUUGAAGCGGGAAUGGGAGCAGGCACAGAAGGAGGUGGAGGAGGAAGAAAGGCGAUAUCAUGAGGAGGAGCAGAAAAUACUGGAAGAGACUGUGACCCCACUAACCCCUUACAAAUCAAUUACACAUUCACCCCUUGGCAUCACAAACAGCAUCACCCAUUCCCAGCCUGAGCAAGUGCGCCAGCAGAAGGCACUAGAGACACAGAGCUCUGAGGUCUGCAGGCAAGGAGAAAAUAUCAUCGGUGAUGCAGCCCAAAGACAGAUGUCUUUACAGAUGACAGUAAGUUCUCCACCCCAAGGCCAUGGGUCUGUGGAUCAUUUCUAUGGCCAGAGAGGGCCAGAAGACAAGAACAUAGAGAAACCGACUACACUGCAGUCUGAUCAUGAUGUGCCACCGAGCUACAGACAACAAUCGCAGCAAACUGAGACCUGGAAGAGUACAUCACAGACAAAACCCGGUGGACGCAAAAGGGUUGAACCCUGCAUGUGGCUAUCCAUCCUUAGGUCUGGCUCUAUAGAGAAAAAUGUGUCAAAUUCAUCUACAUCACCGUCAUUAACAGGCACACAACCACCUCCAUCCCCAAACAGGUCUGUCAGUGGAAGGAAGCUGUGUUCAAGUUGUGGCAACCCACUUGGCAAAGGGGCAGCUAUGAUUAUUGAGACUCUCAGCCUUUACUUCCACAUUCAGUGCUUUAAGUGUGGAAUCUGUAAGGGGCAGCUGGGUGACACCAGCACAGGAACAGACGUGAGGAUCAGAAAUGGACUCCUCAACUGCCAUCAGUGCUAUAUCCGCUCCCGCUCCGCUGGACAGCCCACCACCCUGUGAACUAUUCAGUUUGUGAACUUAAGAAUUAUAUACUUCAUAACAUCUUAAUUCCCAAAUAGGGUUGGGAAUCAAAAAUCAAUUCCAAUUUGGAAUCUGAAUCGAAAGGCUAGCAAUCAGAUCGUAAACAAAAGGAAACUUGAGAUUAAAAUUUGAAGUUUUAAAGAAUAUAUGACACAAUAAGGAGACAAAUAAGAAUUGAGUUACUAAUCAUGUGGAUACAUUUUAAAACAUUUUAAAACGUCCUCAUCCAUCUUCAUCCUGAUUCUGAAAUGUAUUUUAUUUAAAAUGUUUCAUCCAUUUUUUAUUUCAUUCUCAGCUGCAUAAUAAUCCUACCAUUUAGAAGAUUAAAACAAUUGGAUAUCUUAUAAAAACUAUGUUACAGUAUUCCUUGAAAUAACUAGAAAGAUAUAAAUGGGAUUUGCAAGUAAUAUUGACAUAUUCAUUUUAAAAUUUGUAUUGCCUCCGUAGUCCCUUAUCAUUGUAUUUCUUAUCCAUAUGAAAGUAUGUAUUUUUAUACUAAAGCAAAAUUGGGCUGUUUCAAAGCAAAUGUGUGGAGAAAAAAAAAGUGCAGUUCAGUACUGAGACAGCUGCCUCUUUGAUAGAUAUCGUAAGGUAUUACGAUUUUUGCUCUACAGAGGUGGUUUGGGAAGUUGUUGCACUGAAACAAUGUGCCUUAUGAGAGAUGCAAUGUCUGUACAAUAGACAUUGUGACAAGAAUGAAAUAUUUUGGACCUAAAUACUUUGCACACUGGAAAAACUGUAUAAUCAUUUAUUAUUCUGAACUUGACAAAGCAAUACAAAUGUAUGAGCUGACCUAAUUUAACACAAUCUAAAGAAUAGGCUGUAUAUAACUGUUUACUCAUUUAUUAGAAAUACUUGACCAGAAUGGGCACAGGAGACUUUUGGGAUAUUUAUCAUUCUCAUCAUGUUGGCUUUUUUCUUCUGUUCUUCUGUAAUCAAUUUAUUUAACCAGUAUUUAUGUGCUUUGGAAGGGUUGUGUAUUUAAUUUUUAACUUCCCAUAACUUUAGGUUGACAGAAGGUCAAGACAUUUGCCAGGCAGGUGUAUGAUAUUUAGGAAACAAGGCAGUUAGCUGGGAUAAAAUCUCUCUAUAUGCUGUAGGUAUAAAGAAUCUGUGGUAUGAUAUUUAUUCAAAUAUACACUAUCCAAAAUAGAAAAAAAAUAUGUUCAAAUGCAUCUGUUUGUUUAUUAAUAAAGUGUUAAAAACA